UAUGCAAAAGUCUCUGAGAGAAAGAUGGAAACCUUGGUAUUUUAAAGUUGCUGUUUGGUGGUCAUUUAUACACAAUGGAUACCUUAAUAAAGCUUUAUUUAGACGCAUAAAGAGCCAUUUUAAACAUGUCAAGAUUUUUGUAUCCUACAAUUUUAUUUAUAUCCAUAUUUUCCCCUUCAACGAAAUGCCACUACGAGCGAAGCGAUGACAAGUGCUUCUGUGAGCUCACUGGAAAAGUUGAAGACUGUUGUUGUGAUGUUGAAACUGUAAAUAAUCUAAAUAAAGAAGUCUAUCCACAAAUUUUAGAACUAGUAAAACAAAAUUAUUUUAAAUUUUACAAGGUAAAUCUGGAAAGGGCCUGUCCAUUUUGGCAUGAUGAUUGGACUUGUAGUUUGAAAGAUUGUACCGUACAGACAUGUGAAGAGGAAGAAGUCCCAGCUGGAGUGAAAGGGUAUCAUUCUAAAAAGAAUUUUAACCAUAAACCUAACACAUUCUCAAAGGGGAAUGGUAAACAUCUGCAAUAUCACAAGGACCAAAAAGAAAAAUGUGAUGGGAACAAUUCCACGCUUGGUGAUGUUGAUGUUCAUUUGAGUGAGGCAGAUAAACAAGCAUUUGAAACUUGGCAACAUCAUGAUGAUGCUGAAGAUAGUUUUUGUCAUCCUGAAGAUGAGUUUUCUGCAGAUUCAAAGUAUGUCAACUUACUACUAAAUCCAGAAAGGUUUACAAACUACAAAGGGGAGUCAGCAAACAGAGUGUGGUACAGCAUCUACAAGGAAAAUUGCUUCAAGGUCCCAAAUAUGUACACAGAAAAGUAUGAAGCAUCAUCCAUGUUAAACCAAAUGUGUUUGGAGAAAAGAGUGUUCUAUCGUGUUAUCUCUGGGAUGCAUGCAAGUAUCAACACACAUCUUUCCGCACAGUAUUUGUUUAAAGGAAAUGGAUUUAUGAAGCCUGAAUGGCGUCCAAAUGUUGAAGAAUUUAAAAAGAGAUUUGAUCCAGAGAGAACAAAAGGACAAGGUCCCAGUUGGUUGAAGAAUAUUUAUUUCCUCUAUCUUCUUGUAUGGAGAGCUGUUGUAAAGGCAGGCCCUUAUUGGCAGCAGGAGGGAUUCUUCACUGGUAAUGUGACAGAGGAUGCCAUUGUGAAGAAAUAUGUUGGAGAGCUUUUAUCUCAGUCAAGAAAUUGUCCAAACACAUUUGAUGAGACAAUAUUGUUUACAGAAGAAAAGUCUAAAAGCCUGAAGGAAGAAUUUCGGAAAAAAUUUCGCAACAUAACAAGAAUAAUGGACUGUGUUGGCUGCCAAAAAUGCAGAUUAUGGGGAAAAGUCCAGACUCAAGGUAUUGGUACAGCUCUGAAAAUCCUGUUUUCAAGUCACCAAUUUAACAAAGAAAGUGUGAGUCCAACAUUUCGUCUGAAACGAAAUGAAAUUGUGUCACUUUUCAACGCUCUAGGGAGGUAUUCUAGUAGCAUUCAUUAUGUACAAUCCUUUCGUUCUAUUACAAAGAGGUGAAGUUCAAUAAGGAUAAAAAUAUCACGUGUACAUUGUAUUGGAAUAUUGAUUAAAUAACAAUCAGCAUCCAGUAAUUUUGAAAU